CUUGGCUCACCACCAAUUGGAGGAUCACAUCAACCUUGCCAUCCUUGCCACGGCCAUCUCCCUUGACUUCACCUCCUCCGUCGCACACAUACGAAUUCGCCCAACAUGCCGCCGAAGAAGGCCGGAGGAGCCGGCUCAAAGGCCAGCGUGGACAAGACCUUUGGUAUGAAGAACAAGAAGGGAGGAGCAGCUCAGAAGCAGGUCAAGAUCAUCCAGCAGCAGCAAUCCCAGGCCGGAAUGGACAGAGAGGCACAGGCAAAGGCCCGGAAGAAGGAAGAGGAGAGGAGGCUAAAGGAGGAGGCAGAGAAGAGGAGAAAGAUUGAAGGAGAGCUCUUUGCAAUCGUACAGCCAAAGGUGCCCUUUGGAGCUGACCCCAAGAUGUAUGUCUGUGCAUACUGGAAGGCCGGACGAUGUGAAAAGGGCUCCAAGUGCAAAUUUGCCCACUCGAAUGAGCCAGGCAGGAAGACGGACAAGAAGGACAUCUACACCGACAUGCGUGAAGGAGAGGAAGGAGAAGGUGGAGCCGACGAUGAGAAGAAGAAGGACACCAUGGACAAGUGGGACUUGGCAAAGCUCGACAGUGUCAUUCUGUCCAAGCAUGGAAACCCAAAGUCUACAACAGACAAGGUCUGCAAGUUCUUUUUGCAAGCCGUCGAGGAUGGAAAGUACGGAUGGUUCUGGGAGUGUCCGAAUGGAGGAGAGAAGUGCAUGUACAAGCACAGGUUGCCUCCUGGCUUCGUUCUCAAGUCGCAAAAGAAGGAGCUUGAUGAGCUGGCAAAGGCCUCAGAGAUUUCUCUAGAGGAGUUCCUCGAGACGGAGCGUCACAAGUUGGGCACUCAGCUCACCCCAGUCACAGUCGAGUCGUUUGCCAAGUGGAAGCAAGACCGAGUGGACAAGAAGGUGGCAGAGGAGGAGCUGGCAAAGAAGAAGAAGGAGGCACAGGCAGCUGCCAACAAGGCCAAUGGUCUCAGUGGACGAGACAUGUUCACAUUGGGUACAUUGGUUGAUGACGAUGAAGACGACGAGGACGAUGGCAAUGCCUUCGACAUGUCCAAGUACCUCAAAUCCGGCUGGGAACAAGCCCGCCAAGAAGAAGAGGAAGAGGAGCGUCAAGCCUGGAGCGGCGACGAAGACGAAGACGAGAACGGUGGCAAGUCCACCACUGGCACUGCCGAUGGCGAAGAGGAUGGUGAUGCCAACGGCAACGGCUCUGUAGCGGCUUCUUCUCGCAGAGGUUCGAGCGUGGCAGGUUUGGAAAAGGACGUGGGAAAAUUGAGCGUUAAUGGUGAUGGUGAUGGCGGAGGCGGGAAGACAUGAGGGGCUCAUUGGCACGUCUGUUACGUCCCUGUCCCAUUCUUAGCUUCCCCAGCCCUCUCGUCCCCCUUUUCCCCAUCCCCAUCCUUGUCCCCUUCCCCUUCCCCUUCCCUACGCUCCCCAGUCUUGUUCUUUCCCCCUUUUCCCUCCUGUUCCAGAGCAUACACGGUCCUGCACCACCACCACCCCAUCAUUAUCAAUGCAUCCAGCCUUGCACUCUACUCAAC